AUGAUCUUGGCGGUCCUUGAAGACACGGAGCGUGUGGAGGAGCAUGUUCUCAAUUUCAAGGGCUCGAUCAAGGGUCAUCGGGUGCUCAACCGUAACAGGGUGUGCGGGCAUUUGACACUGAUGGCCGACUACUUAUCCCUCGAUGCACUAUUCUCUGACCAUUUUCGCCGGCAUUUUCGGAUGCGCAAGACUGUCUUCGAUCAUUUGUACCAUGGCGUCGGGUCCUACGAUGACUACUUCAUCCUGAAGAAGGACACCAUGGGAACGAUUGGCUUGUCUGGUUACCAGAAGUGCACGGCCGCACUCCGGAUGCUUUCAUAUGGCACGGCCGCUGAUUCGUGGGACGAGUACCUACGGAUGUCUGAGAGCACAUGCGUAGAUGCCAUGGUCAGGUUUGCAACUGCCGUGGUCGAGGUGUUCGGACCUUAG